GUACGACUGUUUGGAACAAUGGCAUCUGCACACAUUGUCUUCUACCUGAUGUGUUUCUUCUUGGGUGUAAUUGGUAAGUUUGUGUUUAACCACAGUCUAAUUCUUUUGAGCUCUUUUUUCUCAGCUGCCAUGUUCCACAAUGUGUAUUUGCUUUGUCUUUCAUUUCACCACAGCUCAGAAGAACAACCUGCAUUUAUCCUCUGUUCAUGAAGAAGCACGUUUUAUAUCAGCCAAAUCUGGAGACAGCGUGACUUUACAUUGUUACUAUGAACACAGUGUUUCUGCACGUUUUUACUGGUAUAAACAAACUUUAGGAGAGAAACCAAAACUCAUUUCUACCUUCUAUAUAUCAGAACACUAUUUAGUAAAAUUUCAUGGUCCAUUCAAGAAUAAUGCACGCUUCAGACUAGAUAAUGAAAAAGGAAAAAACCACUUGAUUAUCUCAGACAUAAAUGUUUCAGACUCAGCAACUUACUACUGUAUAUUUUCCUAUUUCUACACAUUAAUCUUCUUAGAGACCAUUAUUGUCAGUGUCAAUGAUUCAGAUUUAAACGUACGAGCUUUAGUUCAUCAGUCAGCAUCUGAGACCAUCCAGCCAGGAGGCUCUGUAAGUCUGCACUGUAUGGUGCACACUAUGCUGAGCUGUGAUGGAGAACACAGUGUUUACUGGUUCAAAGACUCUGAAGAUUCUCAACCAGGACUCAUUUACACCCAUGGAGUCAGGAAUGAUCAUUGUGAGAGGAAAGCUAACAAAAGCACACACACCUGUGUCUAUAACUUGACAAUGGAGAGCCUGAAUGUGUCUCACACUGGGAUCUACUACUGUGCUGUCGCCUCAUGUGGACACAUACUGUUUGGAAACGGGACCAAGCUGGACUUUGGGGGAUUUACAAUGCGGCGAGAUUCUCCUGCCCCGAUGUAUUUCUUAAACACAGCUUUAACACUCACCACCAUCAUCAGUGUGUUAUCAACUUUUUUAGUGUAUAAGAUGAAAAAGAGGAACAACUGCCAAUCCAGAGCAGACUCAAACACAAAUAAUUCUGUAAAUUUAGAGAGCACCCAAGAGGACAACCUUCAUUAUGCUGCUUUGAGAAAAAUUAGGACGAAAGGAGCAAGAAGACAGACGAGCAACACCCAGGAUACAUGUGUGUACUCCGGUAUAAAGUAAACAUAGUAGAAAUGAUGAUUCUUAGUAUUACCUUUCUAACUGAUUUAACUGCUAACAGAAUUUGAUCACUUGCAUAUGUUUGAAAUUGCUGUAAAUGUAAUUCCAGUAGAUAAUUUGUUUUGGAUUUUGGGUUUGAUGUAUUUUUGAAGUUCUGUAAUUUUUAGUUGUCUCUUUGAAGUUGUUGUUGUGUUGACUGUUUUUUAUCAUUUGGAUUUUUGAUUCUUAAUUUUGGUGAGUUUAAUAUUGGAUACCCUGUCUCGUCAAGUUAAUCAGGUCCAGCUGUGUCCCCCACCUGUGUGUGAU